ACACAUAUAUAUAUACUUCUAUCGCCUGUUGUCAAUAUCAUAUCGGAAGUUGUUCGAGUUGCAGCGACAGCGACAAUUAAAAAUGGCCGCUGCCACCGCCGACGUUGGAAAUGCAGUGAACGAUUGCUUCAGUAUCGGUUCCACAGUGAUCUGUACGACUUGUUUCAAGGAGGAGGUCGAGGGGGAGGUUCUCGCGUUUGAUCAUAACACAAAAAUGCUUAUAUUGCAAUGCCACUCAAAAACUUCAGGUGAACUGAGUGAUGUUUAUGUGAUGAACUUAUCGUUGUGCAGUAAUGUGCAGGUGAUCAAGGAAUGUAAUGGAAACUUCAUUGAUGAUCCUCAAAAGCUCAACCUGGAUCAGGUUAAAAUGCGCCUUCGUAAAACAGUAGAAAGACGUCAAGACUAUCUCAAGUCCAAAAAUGCGGAUGUUACACCAGAAGCACAAGAGCUCUAUCGAGCGAUAGCCAAACAACUUGGGUACAAUGAAGUUUCCUGGCAAGGAGCAAACAUACAAAUUUUGAAUGAAGUUACCGUUUCGCCGCCAUAUAGGGUGGACAAUGUUGUAUCCAGUUCGGACAACGACAAGUCGUGCACGUAUAUUAAACGAAUUAUAAAUCAGUUCUUCACCACGAGACCUUCGGCGGCUCAGGAAAAUGCGCAUGGUGCCAGCUCUUCGUCGGCAUCGGUUUCGCCCACUUCCUCAUCCUUAUCAUCAAGUAACGCAGCUUCAGGAUCACCGGUUCCCGCUAACUAAAAAUAAAAAGAAAAAACAUAUUUGCUUCA